AUGAAGAAGCAGGAGGCUCAAAGCGCCCCGCAGCAGCUGGCGCGCCAGCAGCAGCAACCCGAGGCCGACGUGGGCGGCGGUGAUGGUACCGUUGGGGAAGCGUUGGAGAACGAGGGAGCAAUGGAUGUAUCUGAGGACAAUUUGGAAGACGGCAACGACAAAAAUGUUCGUGAUGGUGGUCACCCUCUCGCGGAAAGCACGCAGCCGGCGGCGGUCGCGACUCGGUCGACUGACGGUGGUGAUGGUGUCACUGAUAACAGCAAGAGAGCGGUCGAGGGGACAGAGAAGUGGAAGGGGGAUGGAGGCACACCGGUUCCCUCGUCCCAGCAAAUAGACAGUUCUGGAUCCCAUUCUGCAUCGAAAGACACCCAGGAAGCAGCAGCAACGGCAACAGCAACAGCUAACAAGCGGGCUGAAGCAGAGAAGCAGCAGCAGCAGCAGGUGCCGUCGCCGUCCUUGCUGCCCAGCAAAGAAGAAGACUCUAGCGAAGACGAGACGAUCGAGAUGGCCGUCUCUAAUCGCGAGGUGCAGCCGCCCGUGCCUGCCGUCAUGCCAACACCGGAGCUGGACCUUGCUCUCAACGGAGGAGAGCGCCCGUUGGCGGCGACGUCUGCGCCGAGAUCCCCGACUGCUGUGUCCGUUCGAUCUUCGAUCGGCAGUAUCAUAUCGCUGGAUUCGACCGGGAACGAUAGUGACAAUGUGGUCGGUGGUUCGGGGGAGGACUCGUGGAGCAGCAGCGACGGGGAGACGGAGGACGAUGACAGCGACGAUUACGAGCCGGACAUUCUCCCGCCGCCGUGCCACAUGUUGCACCGCCACCGCAAGACAUACAAGAAUGCGCUCUGCGAAGAUUGCUACAUGGAACACGCCGAAGCCCUGCGAAAGGCGAAGCUAGACGUAUCGGAUAUGGACUCUGACGCUGCAGGACGUAGUGAAAACGCCACUCGUCGACGCCGUCGAAAGAGGGAGAAGGCGCACGGCAGCAGCAGCACAGGUGUCGGCGGAAAACGAUCGAGGAAAACGCGUGGUUCGAGCAACGAGAGCACCGGUAGCUCCAGCGACGACCGCAAGAAGAGACGCAGAGUGGCAGGGGAGGUGAAGUCCGCUCUCCCUGGCUCCGCUCCCUCGCCAGGGCGGCGGCUCGUGAAACCUCACCAGAAGAAGGCCAAGAAGCUCGUGACCGGCGGAGACGACAGGAAGUCAGCCGCCACUAGAUUGUUGGAGGACACGUCCUCUGGCGAAAGCGACGGUAUCGGUGAUGACGAGAGGGACGUUGUGGUGCAAAGCAACAAGGGCAAGAACAAGAGACUGGCUGAGAGCGUUCAAGACAACCAGAGGGCAACCCCCCCCCCCGGAAAACAAAAGCAAGCCAGCAAAGGCGGAGGUAGCGGAGGGGGUGGGGAUUUGCUGGGCGCGCUUAUUGAGAACCCUGCUCAAACGCGGAGGAAAACGAGUUCUUCCGCGACACCAUCGGCGGUCGCUCGGCAACCCAAGAGCCGCCCGCAUCUCGUCAAGCAGCGUUCGGCAGAUGCCGUGCGCAUUGGCGGAUCGGUCACUGGCUCUGACGGAGGCUCCGACCCUCAACUAGCGCGAGCGGUGUCGCUUGACACUGCCACCUCCUUGUCUUUGACACAGUACAAGACGGGUGGGGCUCGAAGAACAGAUGCACCUGAAGGUAUCCCGGCAUCAUCGUCGUCGUACAAAAUUCCGAUGAAGGCUUCGAAUGGCGUCAAGGCAGCAGGAGGAGCGCCUAAGGACGUGUUGAGUAAGAAGCGUGACCAAGACGUCCGGCAGCGCUCGAAGACCCCGGUUCGUGAACACAGCAGCGGCACCAUCAGCAAUAGUAACAACACCAGCAGUGCAGCGAAGGAGGCACCCGCGCCCGUACCGGCAGUGUCGAGUAGGAUGAAGGCGCAGUAUGACAAGGUGCCCAACUUGGAAGGAGUCCGCCGCAAGAAAUCCAAUGGAAAAUUCUUCGUAUGGGUUGGUGACCAGCCGCUCGACGGGAUAGAAUACCCAAGCGCCGAGGAAUGUGCCAAAGCGUACCACCGGCUGCACCCUCCAAGCUCUUCUCGGGGACCCCAAAAAACGCCUAAGCUGAAUACUAGCGGCGGAAAGGCUCCAACACACGUCGAGAGCCAAGGCCUUACGCCUCUCUGUCCUGAGCGAGGGUCGCGUAUCGCAAAGGGGACAUUGAAGUCUGGGUACAACAAGCUUCCAUUUUUUGCGCCGAAAGAGGCACGUGAUCGGGCGUCAGGAAAGAAGCCUCCUGCGGCAGAGCGAGAACAGAAGGCCAAGGAAGCAGCAGUGGCUAGACGACGGGCUCCCAGCACGCCGGCACCUCGGAAACAUCAACAUGGGGCGGCAGCAGCGUUGGCGUUGAUCGGCACGCCAAACUCUGGGCCUCCGGGCAGGCCCAAUGCGAAGCGCGAGCCUCUUCCGCUCGUUGCUGGCUUUGACAAACCGCGGAACUCCAAGAUUCGCUGGUCGUCGCCGAUAAAGAACGACGAGGAUCUGAACGGUAGGCGCAAGCUCCCGCCUGCAUCAGCACUUCCGGGCCGGUCGGGGUUACGAGGAGGACGUGCAGGAAGGCCGGUGCCCGACACGCGACAAGGCUGCGCACAGACCGGUCUUUCCGGCCGAGCCACUGGACCGAGGAAUCCGUGUCCUGCCACCUUUUGGCUGGUGCCGGCAGCCCAACGAGAGGCACAGCAUCCCUCCGAACCAACUCGAAUCCCUGCCAAGCAAUGCCGUGCGUCCGACGGCCACGAGCGAGGCGGUGGCGAUGCGACAGCGUCGGGAGGAGGAUCACCGACCGAAUGGGCGCCGGCCGUCGGGACGGCCCCAGCAGGGACCCGUUCGGCAGGGACGAUAGGAAUGAGGGAAGAGGCGAUGGCCCUGGCUUCAGCACCUACCGGGGGAGCAACUGGGGUGGUGACGGUGGUUGUGGUCGGGGACGUGGUCGUGAUCAUGGCUCGGUAG